GCAGACAGGGUUUUUUCUUUAGCAAGUAAGUUGUAGCCUGGUUGUAGCACUCGUGUGCAAUCACCUGUCAACAGAAGGUGUCAUCUUGAUUAAUCUUGAUCACACAUGGCACUCAGAAGGUGCUGGAGGUUUUCCGGUCUCGUCCCACGACUUUUGUGGCGCAGUCCUAUCCCACCCGGGUCUUCCAUAGGAGGGAGAAGCACUUCCGUGCCUAGCUUUGCCAACACUUACCGAUGUUAUAAAAGCACAGGCGUCCGCUGGUUCGGGUCACAACUGUCACACACAGAUGUGAGUUAUGAGCAGCUGAAGCAGCUCCUGGAUGGACAGAAAACUGUAGUCAUUGAUGUCAGGGAGCCAUGGGAGCUCAGGGAGUAUGGCUUCAUCCCUGGAUCAAUUAAUGUGCCCUUGGGACAUGUGAUCACUGCUCUACAGCUGGAUCCAGAUGAGUUCAGAGAAAAAUAUGAUGCUGAACUGCCCCAGCAGACAGAUAACAUUGUGUUUAUUUGCCUGGCUGGGGUCAGGAGCAAAAGUGCCCUCAUCACUGCUGCCUCGUUAGGAUAUAAACAAGUUCAGCAUUAUCCUGGUGGAUGGCAGGAGUGGGUGGAACGUGAAACACAUCAGUGAUUUGGGGAUUUUGAGCCACAUAGAAGAUAAAUCAGAGCAAAGUCUCUGCAAACGAGCUUCCAAGACAGUCUAGCAAUAAUAAACCUCUGGAACUGUGUGGUUAAUCACAAGUAGGUUCAGAGAUCCUGUGUGCCGGGUUUGUUACAGCAACUUUUGUUUUUCCUCAUUAUGUUUUGAAGUUGCACCUUAAAAAACUGUAACAGAAUGUUUGUGACUUUCACUUUAAAUGAUUGUUUCUGGUUUGCAACAUUUACUCUAUUUAUUAUAGUCGUGUGCAUCUGCUUCACAACCUGCGAGCAACACUGCUCAUAACAGUUCAUUCAGUCGAAACCAGCUGAGAGGAACAACGGGACCCAGCACUUAAGCACGAGAAGCCCCACUCGCCAGAAGAAAAAAAUGUUUCACUUCAUUUAGAGCAAUGCAAUGGUCAAAUUCUUAUUUCAGACAUCGACAUCAUCAAAAACACAAUUACUAUCAGCUCUCCUAUUUUGUCAUUGCCUUCCAAAGGGUAAAUUCAUGUGGUGGUGGGGGCUCGUGUAUCUCCAGCGGUCAAUGGGCAAUCAGCCUACAUUUAUUUCAAAAUAAAAUUAUUUAUAUUA